GAUGCUUUUUUUUACAUCACUAACACUCGUGCGAAACGGACGCGAAUUUUCAUUUGUGCUGCGGAAACCAACAACAACAGACAAAAUAAAAACAAACGAAAAAAAAAACGGUCAAAAUUCCGGGUAAAAACUUAAGCGUUGAAAAUUAAAACAAAAAAUAUAUGCACACUAAAAGCACAGGCCAACAGCGCAAAGUGAAGUCCUUCGUGGGCAAAACCGUCAAAUAAAAUAAAUCAGAGCCCCACGCGCUUUUUGUCACUCCUUUUCGCCUUGCGCUCUUGUUUUCCUUUUUUUUGUUUUUUUUUUUGAGUUGGCCUGCCGAGAAUUUCUCGCACUAGCGCGUGGUAAACAACACUAAUUUUUUUACGGUGUUAGUUUUUUGAAAGUGCAAAGAACCUAAGAAGACAAAGAUAACAUAAAAACAGAAACUAAAAACCAAAGAGUGGCAACAACAAACCAACAAAACGGAAUCAAAGUCAAACAAACGAACGCACCGUCAGACGCGAAGGAAGCUUCAAAAGAGAGACAAGAGCGAAAAAGGAGGUGGCGUGGAGCGGAGAGGUGGAGAAUCUAAGUUCAUUGCAUUGCCCUGCUCCGAUCGAACUCAACUAAAUGUUGCGCUGCGUCGAGGAUUUUGAAUAAAAGGGAACCUGCCGCUCUUAAGUCGAGGCAGAAGUGCAGCAAGUGCUGUCGGACCAAGUUCGAUUAUCCGGAAGCGGACCAUGUGAUCUUCUAUAAGUGCACACAUCCGUUGGAAGCAUCGAUAGAUAGAGCCAGUAUAUACUAUGUCCGGAAACUAAGCCGACAGCAAGGAGAGAUAGAGAGAGAGAGUGAGAGAGUGAGAGAGAGUGAGCCAGUCAGGGGGACAGAUCUUGAUCUGGCUUAGAUAAAUAUCGCAUGUGCACGGCAACGGAAGCGUCAGCGGCAACGGCAACGGAAACAGCAACGGAAGUGGAAACGGAAACGGAAGUGGCUAAGCUAACGUCACACAGUCUGCAAUAAUGACCAAGAAGUACGAGUUCGAUUGGAUCAUUCCGGUUCCGCCGGAAUUGACCACGGGCUGUGUUUUCGAUCGCUGGUUCGAAAACGAGAAGGAGACGAAGGAGAAUGACUUUGAGCGCGAUGCCCUCUUCAAGGUCGACGAAUAUGGAUUUUUCCUGUACUGGAAAAGCGAGGGCCGUGAUGGCGAUGUCAUAGAGCUCUGCCAAGUGAGCGACAUUCGUGCGGGUGGAACACCAAAGGAUCCGAAGAUACUUGAUAAGGUGACGAAGAAGAACGGCACCAAUAUACCGGAACUGGAUAAGCGAUCCCUGACGAUAUGUUCGAACACGGACUAUAUCAAUAUAACAUAUCACCAUGUUAUUUGUCCAGAUGCGGCAACAGCCAAGAUCUGGCUAGAUGGCAUACGAAAAAUAACCCAUAAUGUCAAAGCGAACAAUAUCUGCCCCAUGAUGUGUCUGCGGAAACAUUGGAUGCGAUUGAGCUACUGUGUAGAGAAGAGCGGCAAAAUUCCGGUUAAAACGCUGGCCAAAACCUUCGCAUCCGGCAAAACGGAGAAAUUGGUGUACACGUGCAUAAAGGAUGCCGGUCUGCCCGAUGACAAAAACGCAACGAUGACCAAGGAGCAGUUCACCUUCGACAAGUUCUACGCAUUGUACCACAAGGUGUGUCCCCGAAACGACAUUGAGGAGCUCUUCACCUCCAUCACCAAGGGCAAGCAGGACUUUAUCAGCUUGGAGCAAUUUAUCCAGUUCAUGAACGACAAACAGCGGGAUCCGCGAAUGAACGAGAUCCUGUUCCCUCUCUACGAGGAGAAACGCUGCACGGAGAUUAUCAACGAUUACGAGCUAGAUGAGGAGAAAAAGAAGAACGUUCAAAUGUCGCUGGACGGAUUUAAGCGCUAUUUAAUGUCCGACGAAAACGCACCCGUAUUCCUGGACCGCCUGGACUUCUACAUGGAAAUGGAUCAGCCACUGGCCCAUUACUACAUCAACAGCUCGCAUAAUACCUAUCUAUCCGGUCGCCAGAUCGGCGGCAAAAGUUCCGUGGAAAUGUACCGCCAGACACUUCUGGCAGGCUGUCGGUGUGUGGAGUUGGACUGCUGGAAUGGAAAGGGUGAAGACGAGGAGCCAAUCGUCACUCACGGUCACGCCUACUGCACCGAAAUCCUCUUUAAGGACUGCAUCCAGGCGAUUGCGGAUUGCGCUUUCGUGUCUUCCGAGUAUCCGGUAAUCCUGUCCUUCGAAAACCACUGCAACCGCGCCCAGCAAUACAAGUUGGCCAAAUACUGUGAUGACUUCUUUGGCGAUCUGCUGCUGAAGGAGCCGCUACCAGAUCACCCGCUGGAACCGGGUCUUCCGCUACCGCCGCCCUGCAAACUGAAGAAAAAGAUCCUCAUCAAGAACAAGCGAAUGAAGCCGGAAGUGGAAAAGGUCGAGCUGGAGCUCUGGCUGAAGGGCGAACUCAAGACGGAUGACGAUCCGGAGGAGGACGCCAGUGCGGGCAAGCCGCCGGAGGCAGCCGCCGCUCCCGCUCCGGCCCCAGAAGCAGCCGCCGCCGCUGAAGGAGCCGCCGAGGGUGGCGGUGGUGCGGAGGCCGAAGCCGCCGCUGCCAACUACAGUGGCUCCACCACCAAUGUGCAUCCGUGGCUCUCCUCCAUGGUCAAUUACGCGCAGCCCAUCAAGUUCCAGGGCUUCGACAAGGCAAUCGAAAAGAACAUUGCCCACAACAUGUCCUCGUUUGCGGAAUCGGCGGGCAUGAACUACUUGAAGCAGAGCUCCAUCGACUUUGUCAAUUACAACAAGCGUCAGAUGUCGCGAAUUUAUCCGAAGGGCACACGAGCGGACUCCUCAAACUAUAUGCCGCAGGUGUUUUGGAACGCCGGCUGCCAGAUGGUCUCACUCAACUUUCAGAGCUCCGAUCUACCCAUGCAACUUAACCAGGGCAAGUUCGAGUAUAACGGCGGCUGUGGCUAUCUACUGAAACCGGAUUUCAUGCGUCGAGCCGACAAGGAUUUCGAUCCAUUUGCCGAUGCGCCUGUGGACGGCGUGAUUGCAGCCCAGUGCUCUGUGAAGGUGAUAGCCGGCCAGUUCUUGUCCGACAAGAAAGUGGGCACCUAUGUGGAGGUGGACAUGUUUGGAUUGCCCUCGGACACGGUGAAGAAGGAGUUUCGUACGCGUUUGGUGGCCAAUAAUGGCCUGAAUCCAGUUUACAAUGAGGAUCCGUUUGUGUUCCGCAAAGUGGUACUUCCGGACUUGGCUGUGCUAAGGUUUGGCGUUUAUGAAGAAAGCGGAAAGAUCCUGGGUCAACGUAUCCUGCCGCUGGACGGUCUACAGGCUGGCUAUCGUCAUGUUUCUCUGCGCACGGAGGCUAAUUUCCCCAUGUCGUUGCCCAUGUUGUUCGUGAAUAUCGAGCUAAAGAUCUACGUACCUGACGGCUUUGAGGACUUCAUGGCCAUGUUGUCGGAUCCGCGAGGAUUCGCCGGUGCCGCUAAGCAGCAAAAUGAACAGAUGAAGGCCCUCGGUAUCGAAGAGCAGAGCGGCGGUGCCGCCCGAGAUGCUGGCAAGGCCAAAGAAGAAGAGAAGAAGGAGCCACCAUUAGUCUUUGAGCCCGUCACGUUGGAAUCUCUGCGCCAGGAGAAGGGCUUCCAAAAGGUGGGCAAAAAGCAGAUCAAGGAGCUCGAUACCCUGCGCAAAAAGCACGCCAAAGAGCGCACCUCGGUGCAAAAGACCCAGAAUGCGGCCAUCGACAAGUUGAUCAAGGGCAAGAGCAAAGACGACAUACGCAACGAUGCCAACAUCAAGAACUCUAUCAAUGACCAGACGAAACAAUGGACCGAUAUGAUCGCCAGGCACCGCAAGGAGGAAUGGGACAUGCUGCGCCAGCAUGUCCAGGAUUCGCAGGAUGCCAUGAAGGCGCUGAUGCUCACCGUUCAGGCAGCGCAGAUCAAACAGCUAGAGGAUCGUCAUGCCAGGGACAUCAAGGAUCUGAAUGCCAAACAAGCGAAAAUGUCGGCGGAUACCGCCAAGGAGGUCCAGAACGACAAGACCUUGAAGACCAAGAACGAGAAGGAUCGUCGGCUGCGCGAGAAGCGUCAGAACAAUGUGAAGCGCUUCAUGGAGGAGAAGAAGCAAAUCGGCGUUAAGCAGGGCCGUGCGAUGGAGAAACUAAAGUUGGCGCAUUCGAAGCAGGUCGAGGAAUUCAGUACCGACGUGCAAAAGCUUAUGGACAUGUACAAAAUCGAGGAGGAGGCCUAUAAGACGCAAGGAAAAACGGAAUUUUAUGCCUAAGAUUCCCAGGUCGUCAAUGGUCAAAUGGGGAAAGAGCACCGCGAUACCAAAAAGAAUGAAACAACACUAAGAAAUUAGAAAAAAAAAAAAACAAAAAAAGGAUACUGAUUUAGCUGAAGAUGCUAACAUAUAAACUUUUCUUUAUAUACUAGAUUUACACACUCAUCACUCGAAAACACACACUCGCCCACAUUUUAAAGAAUUAACUUUACUUAAAACUAUUUAUGUAUGUUUUAUGCCGGAAGCAUAAGCUUAUAUUCUUAAUACCUAGAAUUCAAAAACUGGAAAGUCAACACUUUGUGCUUUAUAUUUAUUUAAGAUUCUGAUGAAGAUAAGAGGAUAAGGAAAAAAGAGUCGAUGAGAAGGCCACACAGUAAUGUGUGCAAUUUAUGGGGACUUAAUCCUCUCGAAUCUAUUGUAAUUUAUUUUGAAAAACAAGAAGAAAAAAAACAACAUGAAAACUAAAGAAUACCAAAAAUCUUGUAAGGUAUUUGUGCUAACAACACAAUAAAAACGGUACACCGAUAAAAUUAGACCACACACAGUGCGUUUCGCUACUAAAAUAACUAUCUUUUCGUUCUUUGAGCAGUGAACGCACUGUACACAAUCAUAUAUGUAUACAUAACACCAACCUAACACCCUGCCCCAUAUAAUCGUACGUUUCAAGUGAAGAACUUACAUGAGUUUCCGAUUCUCCACCUAAUAGCUUAGCCAAUUAACUAACCAGUAAGCCGAAUCCAUCAAUUAACCAGUUAAGCAAUCCAAGACGCCCACAAAUAACCGGACACCCAAACAACCAGACAGAAAUGUAUGUGUAAUUCGGGAAAACUAUAGUAAGAGCUGGAGGUUUUUUUUCGAAGAGCAUUUAUUUUGCAGAACCUUCGAAGGAAAACGCGAAAAGCCCUUUCAUAAGUCAUAAACGAAAAUCGACGCAACUUGUUUAUAUAGUAUAUGUUAUAAAACCAAAGUAUUAAAUGUGUAAUUCAAACAAAGAAACACCCCUACCGGCAGUUAAAUAUCCAACACGCUCACACACCCAACACAAAAAAAAUAUAAUAAUUUCUGAGCUGAACAUACCAAAAACGAAAUGGUUUACAUAAAAUGUACAUUUUUAUCCGCUCUGUAUUAGUUCCGAUCUUAUUUCCAAUUUGAAACCAGAACGAGAUGAAGAUAUUGCGAUUUGUACUACCAAAAAAAGUAGCCAAAAAUAUAUACAUUAUAUACACACAGAACAAAAACACGAAAGCAUACAUAUGUAGAUCUAGUGAAUAUUAUACCAAAGUAAGAGACAAAAAUAACACUUAAGAUAGAUUCUGUUUGAAUUGUCAAAAGCGUUUACGUUGCGCUCAAAAUUUGCUGUUUGCAUGUAUUGUAGUUGUUGCAAAACCAAACGAAAAAAUUAACAAAAUGAGAAACCGAAAAUGUAGAAAAUUAAAUGAAUGAAACUAAGGCAAGGAUGCAAAGAAAAAAUGU